AUGUCGAGCACUACCGAUUACUACAGCAUCCUGGGGGUGCCAGCCGCAGCCACCCACGAAGAGAUCAAGCGAGCCUACUACCGGCUUAGCCGGCAAGAGUUCCACCAGCUCAGCAUGGCGUGGGAGACAUUGGGCGAUGCAGUGCGGCGAAAGCAGUACGACCAGAUGCGCACGCAGUCGCAGAACCGCGCACGCGGCGUGGUGCAGGAUGAGGUGGAUCUGGACGACAUGGACUUUGACGAGGACACGCUGGUGUACUCGUAUCCGUGCCGGUGCAGCGGGCAGUACUCGAUUGGCGAGGCAGACCUGGAGGCGGGUCGCGACAUGGCGCCGUGCUCGGACUGCUCGCUCAAGGUGCGUGUGCUGUACGAAGUGGCGGAGGAUGACGAGUAA